AUGGCUGAAGGGCUGGAAGGACAGAAAAUGGAGGAGAGGUCAAUCCCAGUAUUGACAGUGCUCAAGAACAAUACAAUUCUCAAGAACAUUUAUCUUUUGGAAAACCCACCUUCAAUUUCUUCUUCUCUGCAAGAAUUUGGCAUGGAAGAAUCAGAAAUGGAAGGUACAUUGGUGAUUGGAAGGCACCCCGAUUGUAACAUUACCUUGGAGCACCCCAGCAUCAGUAGAUUCCACCUCCGUAUCCAUGUCAAACCCUCCUCUCGGUCCCUAUCUGUAACUGACUUGUUUUCUGGACAUGGCACAUGGAUUUCAGGGAAGAGAAUUGACCCCGGUAUGAGGGUAAAACUGAACGAGGGUGACAGAAUGCAACUUGGGGGAUCAAUUCGGGUGUACAAGCUGCAUUGGGUUCCACUGAGUUGUGCUUCCGAUUUGGACUACCCGAUUGUGCCUCAAAUGGAUGCCUCAGAUAGAGUAGAAGAAACAGGAGAAGAAAAACAUCAGGAUGAGGAUGGUUCGUGCUGUGAAAAAUAUCAAAUGCAUUCACUGGAUGAUCAAUUGGACGGUUUAAAACUGCUAUUUUCUGAUGAGAAUUUGAUAUUGACUGUAGAGAAAAUGAGUCCAUUAGUGCAUUCUGUGCCUGAAGUCACGAACAAUUCCUUUUUGGACAAAGAAGAAGUAGAGACUGAGAGCUCAUUUGCAGUAGACCAUGAACAAGGUGAAAAGAGUUCCACUGUGAAAUCAGUGGAAAGAUUGAGUUCGAGCAUCUGGUCGAGAAGGGUAAACUUAACACCGUUCAGAUUCAAACUGGCAGGGACAAGGAAAAGAUUGUGA